CGUGUUCCACGCCAUAGACUAUGCUCCAUACACCAUUUGCAUUAUGGCUAUUAGGCCCCGCCUAAUUUAGCCCAAGCUUCCAUUCGUGACCUUAAUGUAGACUGAAGACGCUGCGGCGCUUGGAAUCGUGUACCUGGCAAUUAGGGCACAGUAGGAUUGGAGUUUUCGUUGUGAAUUGUAAUAUCUAGGCCUAGUUUGCAGCAGGCAGACAUGCAGGUCCCGCUGCCGAGGGAGCGCUUCUCAAGCAAGGUCAUUUAAGAGUUACGAUACGUCGGUUCAAGGCACUAUCGUGUACUAGGACAACGCAAUUACGAGUAUCCUGACAAGAAUGGAUUACCUUAUGUUUACAAGCCACAUGCCUGGCUUUGGGCAGGAGGACGUCGCUAUCUUGGACGGUCUGCCUCCUUUUCAUGGUAGCUGGGCCUUAACCAACAGGCAUGAUGCAGCUUUCCGACAAGGCUCUUCCCUACACUCUGCGACAAGACUGGCAAACGGCCGUUCUCAGCAAGACGAAGACCGCUGGCGCAGUUUCUACGACGGCAUUAACUUCCCUUCCUCGUCAACGGAGCACCAGAGGCAACACAGCCAAACCGCCGUACCAGCUCCCGCCGUUGCUAGUGACACAGCCUCGCGUCUUAUUCCCGGCACCACCAUGGCGCGCAGCUCCGAGGGCCAGUCGUCCUGCUUGUUCCAACCUCACCCAAUGGUACAUGUACAGUUAUACGUGGAGUUACCCGCCACCGCUCACGCGACUCAGCAACACAUGUCAGUUGUCCAGCCUCAUUCCCGGCAACCUAGCCUGCCAACGUUUAGGCCGGCGCAAGCAUUUGGUUUGCCGCCUUCAGAGGACCUGCCGUGGCCUUGGUGUCUGAUGGCCCCUCCACAGACAGCAGCAGAUGCUGCGGCAGUACGUCAAACAGCGUUUGGACAUGUUGAUGCACAACAGGCGGUGGCAGCAGCAGCGGCAGCGAGAAGUACGACGAAUCCAGCAGCAGCAUCGUAUACCUCUGUUGAUAACGGUGGUGGUGGACCUGCUGCUGCUUCUGCCGUACAGCAUUUCCAGGGCGACUCUUACCUCCUCGCAAACGCCCGCCUCCUGAACGGCCACCAGGGACAGCUGCAAGAGCAGUACCCUUUGCUGCCUUUUCCCCAGCAGCAGCAAUACCAGCAGCAACCUGAUACAUUUCAGCAGCAGGAGGAAUUCCGACAAAUGCAGCUGCUAGCCGAGAUUGAAGCCGCCCCCUGGCCCAACCUAGAGCCCUCUGCACAGCUGCAACCCCUAGACUUCACGCGGUUAACCUCUUCGCUCAUGACAACGAACUGCAACAACCGCGCUGCGGCAACCCAUGUGCCCGUGACGCCAAGCCCUACGCCUGCUGCUUUCGCGGCCACUUCACUUGUCACCGUCACCAGGGUUUCCUCGUCCCUGAUGGCAGCGCCGCCGUCAUCAACAGCAGUUCCUGGUGGCCCUUGUGCUCCUGUUGCUGUAGGUGCUGCCGGCAGCCUCGCUGCCAGCGAUGGCGCUGGCGGGGCCGCAUCCACCAGCACCUCCGCUGCUGCCGUGUGCCGUGAAGACUCCUUGCCAUUCGCUACUGCUUCCUCAUACAUGCAGUCACUCCUGCUGCCGCCGCCGCCGCAGCCGUCGGUUACUGCCGCGGGCUACGGCACAGGUGGUGACGGCGUUAUGAACCCAUUCACCAACGCCGCGGGUGGAGUUGGAAGUUGCGCCCCCGGCGGCAUGCAGACGACGAUGGCAGCAGUGGGAUCCUCCGCCGUCUCGCUGCAUGCAUGUGGCGACUCCAUUACAUCUCAGGAGCUGUGUCUUCCGUGUCUUCCGGCGCUGUGCCCUUCAUCCACCGCGCUAGGCAGCGGUGGCAUUACUGCAGGCGCAUCGGAGCUUGAGAUGAAACAGGAGCGGGUGCGGACUGAGUUUCCGCGCGGCGACGGCGUCAAGGCUGAGGGUUGCUGCUACCCCGCCGCCGCUGCUGCUGCAGAUGAUUGCGCGCGCGUCGCGGAAGAAGAUGAGCCACUCGCCGACAUCUUCAUGAAUGCAGACGCCGGUGCUGUUGCCGGCUCGUACAGUGAUUGCGAGGACACCGAUAUCCUCUUUGCCGACGUGUCUCUUUCCGACGUCGACGCCAUUGCCUUUUCCGGUGAUUCCGGCACCACCACCACCACUACUGCGCCCGAUGCUGCUGUUGUCCCUGGCUCAGCCGCCACCGCCGCUGCUGCUCCUGCCAACCCCGCUUCUGGCAGCUUGUAUAGCUUCACUCCACCGCUGUCACCACCACCGCCUGCUGUUGCUGCUGUCGGACCAAAACCGGGCCGCAGCGGUGGCAGCGGCGCUGGUACUGCCGCUACUGCUGCGGCCGCAGGCCGCAGCCCCGCUGCCGCAGCAGGCGGCAGCACCGCCACCGGCUCCGGCCCCGGCCGCAUUGGCUUGGAGGUCCUGCGCGGGCUGUUUGAGGUGCCUGUCAGCGAGGUGGUUCGCAGGUUGGGCGUGAGCGCUACCGACCUGAAGCGGCGCUGCCGGGCGCUGGGCAUCCGGCGCUGGCCGCAGCGCAAGCUAAUGAGUCUGCGGCGGCUGGGCGAGGCCCUGCGGCAUGAACGGGAGCUGCCGGAGGAGAGGCGACGGGCGUUAUUGGAGCAAGUGGCAACGAACCAAAGGGAAAUCCUGGCUGACCCAGAUGUCGAGCUGGCACCCUGCCUCAAGCUCCUACGUCAAGCGCAGUACAAGCGGCUUUUUGAUGAUCGACGCAGCGGUCCCAAGCACCACAAGAACAACAACCGCUCGUCAACGCCGUUUGCUGAAGACUCCGAGUAAGGCGAUGUGAAGACAAUAUCGUUCCGUGAUCGUAAACGUAUGCAGUGAAAAAUGGAUGCCCGUCGUUGUGUUAUGUUUGUUUGUUUGUUCGCGGAUCUAGCAAAGGUGAAAACCCACGCUUUUGUUAACCCAAUGGAAAAAAUUUGGCGGACACGGUUCUAUAAAACCUUCCGUUGUGGAAGGGUGGCAGUGAAAGGUGUGGAAUGUUGAGCCCGUUAAGCCCGUGGACCCAGUGGCAGGAAUGCAGGGACAGGUCUUCCAGCACAUCGUUGCGUCCCAUGGUGCUCCAGGGUUGAGAGCAACCGUCUCUUCUUAGGACACUCGUUUAUGAAGCAUUUGGAAGAAGAGAAACGCAUGUAUAGACUCCUAAAUGGCAGUGUUGCCACAGGUAUGGUUGCCGUGCGUUGUACAAGCUCAGUGUCAGGCCCUCCUGGGCAGAGUACGGUAGUUGACGUACGGAGUAGUCAUUGCUCGUACAAGUUGUACGGUAACGUGCAGGGCGGUUUUGCAAGCAUGUUGUGUACCUUGUGCUGAACGGCCGGGCUGUGCAGAUUGCGGUUGUGCUGUCAUCAUGCACCGGCAGGCUUAGCUGCACGCUUGCAUGCUGCUUUCGAAGGACACUAGCCGCAAGCUAGAUGCAUACCUGUUUGGUUGGUAAUGGAAAGGCAACGAGUUUCCCAACGCUCUGUCCGCGGGGCAUGCCCUGUCAUACGUGGUAUUGUGGUGGUCGUAAGUCGUUGUGCUUUACAAUGGCGCUUUGGCGUGCAAGCAUACGAUGCAUGGCUCGGGCGUGUUAUCGCAAGUGCGUCGAGGUUAUCAUUAAGUGCGUGCGUCGGUCAUCAGUGAAGGUGUGGCAUGGCGUGGCUGUCGAAAGCUGCGCAGCUGAGGGCUUCGUAGAACGUGAUAUGUAUGGUAGCUAGCGCGGUUUUCGCGCUGGGUUUGUGUUGGUGCUUUGGUGCAGUAUUAUCAGCAGCAGGAGCGGUAAGCAGCCACCCUGACUACGGUGCCCUACGACAGGUAGCAAAGCAGCGCAGGAAGGGUAGUGGUUGCUUCGGUGGCAUGUGAUUCUGCUGGUUGGUGUGUUGUGGUAUUGUGGCGGGUUCUGGGGUCCCGGUGCUGGCGGCGGCGCCUGAGGCCAGCGCCAGCUAGCCCCCAGGUCGGGGCGUGGAAAACGGCGCGUUGGACUGGCGCAAAUACAAACUUAGUUUAGACGGGGCUUUUGUCACGGAGGGCCCAGCAGUACCUUUUUUCAUUGAUCCAGACAUUGCUGAAGAGUUGCGUUAUGCAUGUGCUCUUCUCUUACCAUUACUUGUUGGCGUCUUGAAACCUGGAUGAAUGAACGACUAGUGCAGUGGCUCCCCAAGAAGAGAACAUGGAUGGGUGGCACCAGCUGGGCGCGGGCUGGGCUGGCGUUAAGGGGCCUCAUGUCGAUUUGCAGGGCCUGUUUGUGGCCUCUGUCGCAUGCAGUGCCGCGCAAAUUCGCCAGGUUUCCGUGCUCUUGUCCGUGAGCUGGUGCAAGUGUGGUACGGCGGUCCUGGGUUCCGUGCCGUGCCGGCUACGGGUUCUGUGGAAGAACUGGUGCGUGCCUUUUGGCAGGAAUGCUCCUGAUUAGGUGAAGGGAUGAAAGGGCGGUGAUCUGAUACGGCCAUGAUCCGAAACGUAUGGGCUCAGCAUAGGCCUUGACGAUCUUCCUUUGCAUUGCCCUUGAUGUGGCGCUUGCUUGGCGCACUCAUGCAUCCUCUCCUCGUUCAGUAUUUGUGCAGUGAGACGUGCAGUUAUGACUCCUGCUGCAUUCCCUGUGCAUUAGCACUGGCUGCCGUGUUUGGGCAACCAUAAUGCCCUGUCUUAUUCUCACUUCCUGUGCCCCUGAUUUUCUACUCACUAGUAGGCGUGCUGCAGCGUAUACGGGCUGCUUGGCACCCACGUUGCUAAAGACAUGCGAGUUGUGAGGGACGGCAGUUGUUGUUUUACAGUUAUUAUUGUUAGGGAGCGAGGCAGUGGGUGGAAAGGUUGAACGGUGG